GCAUCAAGAGUUACUCUGUAUGUGGUUAAUAAAGUGCAACUGUUAGUCACAACGCUGUUGACGAUGGUUCUUAAUUUAGAAUUGCAUAUGUAAUAAAAGCAUGCCCGGCUUUUGCACACUUUAAUAUCUACGUAUAAAAGACGGACAUAUAUCAGUCUUUAAGUUAUAAUUCAGUUGACAAUAGAGGGUACGUAUAUCAGUACGACAUUUCAAGAAAUAGUGGGAUCAUAUUGCAGCUAUUGACAAAACUCGUUAAUGCGUAUUGCUUCAUUACUGAAGUGAAAUAGAAAUCAGUGAAAUAUAAAUCGAAUUACUUCUUUAAAUAUUGUUUACCAAUUUGAUAUUUGACAAUAACGAGUUAGAAAAUGGCGAUGUCCGGACUUCGCACAACACGGAUGAUUUGGAGUCGCGGCCUGAAAGCGCCCAGUUGUCACUUACAAUGUCGUCCUAUGUCGGCGAUGGCGUCCGUGCAGCAGACCCAACAUCGGGAGACGUUUGAACCCGAGGGUCCCCGGGUCGUCACGGAUAUCCCCGGGCCAAGGUCUAAACAGAUGUUGCAGGACCUUGAUCAAAUUCAGAACGUGGGAAUGGUCAAGUUUUUCUGCGACUACGAGGCCAGCCGGGGUAACUACUUGGUUGACGUUGACGGUAACGUCAUGUUGGAUCUCUUCACGCAGAUAUCAUCACUCCCACUAGGUUACAACCAUCCGGCCAUGAUGGACGUUCUUAAGAACCCGGUUAACUGGUCGACGUUCGUAAAUAGACCCGCCCUGGGAAUGUACCCUCCCGGAGAUUGGGCACAGCGGCUCCGGUCUACACUACUUGCCGUGGCACCCGCGGGCCAUCAGCAGGUGAUUACGAUGGGGUGCGGCUCCUGUUCGGUGGAGAACGGACUCAAGGCCAUGUUCAUGAAGUUCAUGCGGGUCAGACGUGGUGGCGCCCCCUACACCCAGGAGGAAAUGGAUUCGUCCCUGAGGAACCAGCUGCCCGGGUCUCCGAACCUAUCCGUUCUAUCUUUCAGCAACGCGCUGCACGGGCGGACAAUGGGUUGUCUUGCGCUAACACAUUCCAAGUGGCAAAUGAAGGUUGACUUCCCCGCACUGGACUGGCCCAUUGCAGAUUUCCCUAAUCUUCGUUACCCAUUGGACGAGUUCAAGGAGGAAAACCGGAAGGAGGAGGAACGGUGCCUCGCCAUGGUGGAAGAUCUCAUUUUGAAGGGCGACCAGAACGGAAUGGCUGUAGCCGGCAUUGUCGUGGAGUCGAUUCAGGCUGAGGGUGGCGACCAAUUUGCGUCCGCAAAUUUCUUCCAGGGUCUGAGAGAUAUCACUAAUAAGAAAGGCAUUGGCCUGUUGAUGGAUGAGGUUCAGACCGGAUGUGGCGUCACGGGGAAGUUCUGGGCACACGAGCAUUUUAAUCUUACAGAUUCGCCAGAUGUGGUGACCUUCAGCAAGAAGAUGCUGACAGGAGGAUUCUACAAUAAAGACAGCUUCAGGCCUCAAGAGUCCAACCGAAUCUUCAACACAUGGGUAGGAGAUCCAAGCAAGGUGAUUCUUCUUGAAGCCGUUGUCAAGGAGAUGACAAGGUCCAACCUGAUUGGCCAGGUCAAUGUCACGGGCGAGCACCUGCUGUCGGAGCUCAAAAAUAUGCAGGCGCGCUACCCAAGUAUUCUUCACAAGGCUAGGGGCCUUGGGACAUUCUGUUCUGUGGACUUCUGUGACACCGAAACAAGGGACAACACUGUCAACAAACUCCGGCAGAGAGGGAUGAACACAGGCGUAUGCGGCACCACAACUCUGCGUUUCCGGCCGGCUCUCACCUUCCUGCCGCGUCAUGUGGACAUCUUUAUGGGGCACUUUGACGCCGUUCUCGCAGACGUCACGAAGUGAGGUGCUUUAUAUAAUGAAUCGAGGAGUAAUGAUGUCAUAGCUCAUUACAUGUGGAUAACAGUUGACCAGUCGCCAUUAUUUGGCGUGCGUAGCAACAGGAGUCAUACAAAGUUUUGAAGUGGAAUGGACUGGAAUAUAGCACCAUGUGCACGUGCAAUUAUUUAUUUACAAAAUAUCAUGCUCAUUUCGGUUCCCAGGAUUAGUGAUUAAAAGGGUUUUGUUUGGCAUAUUAUGUUGAAUGUGAUCUGGGCUGUGUGGGAUUUCCAAAAAACUAUAUCAAUUAUGUACUUGUACAAUUAUAAAUUAUUAAGAGUUAAUACAAUAUACUGCUCUGAAUGAGAAUUAUUCACUUACAGUACACGUAAUGUCGCAAUGAGUUCACACAUGAUAUCUCAAAAGGAACUAAAAUCCUUUUUUUCACUGCCAUCAUGUUCAAAUUCUUCACAUAUACAGAUUUAUUAGUAGCAUCGAGUAUUCAGAUUUCUUUGAAAGUUUGUUUAAGCUUAUGUUGUGUAUAUAAGGCGAGUUAUAUUUUUUAUGUUUUAAAGCAAUUCAUGUUUACAUUAUCUAUAUAUGUUUCAUACAAAUCAGUAAAGUAUCUUAUUUACCGAUGAAAUAAACCAUUAAAAGCU